AUGGAGGAAGACGAGCCCUUUACAUUAGAGGAGGUGGGGUCUCCAACUUCGAGCAGUUCAGAGUCCAUGGCCGAUGUUCACGUGAGGAGAACACCGGGACCUUUGUUGAGGACGCUGAGGAAGUUAAAGGUGGGUCUUUUCAAUUACUGCAUAAGACUUUAUUCUUCCCUCAAAAAAUACUUUUUUUGCCAAUUCCACUGAUGUGACUCGUUUCCAGAUUGUAUUUAUAAUAUAUAUAAAUAUCCACUUGACAUCUUGAUUUUGGUAAUUAAUAUUGUUGGCGGAAAAAAGACUUGUUUUUUGUCAUAGGUCAUCGGAGCUUCUAGGUCUCCCCACCCCUUUUUGUGCCCGCCGUGACCCCGAACCUUUCAUAAAUAUGCUCCAAGGGAGCUAAAGGCGAUUCGUCAACGUUUCCACAUGCGUUUUUACGACACCGUUAAAAGGAAAAAAACUUUUUUGGAGGCGGAACUCAAGAUUCGGAGGCGAUUUAAACUCUUCCAUCUAAUCAGAUUUACUGGAGAUCGGCCAAAAGCCAGAAGAUGACGUUCUUGGUUUAUCUGCCAUCAAGUUGAUCGAUCAUAUAAUUUUACAAUAUUUUAGGGAAAGUAAAUGAUUAGAAAUGCAUAAGACACUUUCAUUGGGUUGUUAAGGCCAUAUUUGAUAUCUUUCUUCUUCAUAAGAAAUUUUCUGGGGGUUUUGGCAGGUUUUUUGGACAAGAGUUCCCGAAAUUUUCUAUUCACAUUUUUCCAAAUUUUUACUAUAAAUUCAAAAAUCCUAGUGUGAUCUAACAGGCACGAUAAGUUUGCCCCGAUCGUCUAAAAGCCUUGGGGAUUAAACUUUUUUCCUACCAUACAAAAGAACAUUCCUUGAGGCUAUUUCUAUGCAAAGUUCCUUUCUAGGGAUUUUUUUUUUUUUUUGAUGACUUGAAUUUCCAUAUUUCUGGCACAGUAAAAUAUUUGAGGAGACUACUACAUUACGGUUGAUCCCUUUUCUCUUUUAUUUUUCCGUAUAAAAUGUCGUUUGCAUAAACCUUUUCUGCUUUUGUUACAACGGCCACAUAGAAUUAAAUCAACAUAAUGAGUGUAAAUUUUUUAAAAUUUUUCCUCGCGUAGACCUGUUUUGUUUUCUUUUGGUCUGAAGUUGAGGAUUUGAGACCUGAAGUCACAUGAAUUCAAAAAAUUUUCUCAGAAUUAUGCAAAGCCGCCUAACCUCUCAAUCCGAGAUUUGCUCUAGGUAGGGGGGCAUUACUGUUUGAAGUAACUGUUUAAGGGGCACUUCUGGGGAAGAGCGGAAGGUGACGGCGCGUACAAGUUGGUGGUAUAAUAUCCUCGGACUGUCCAUUGUUAUCAUGUCAGCCGGAGAAUAGGGGGAAGGCCCCGGGGGGUCGGGUUCCUUUGUCUCCAGAGGCCGAAAGCCGAUCUUUCGCCCGCCGUUCGACCGAACCCCCCGCAAUCAGAUCAGUAGUCUUCUCGUUGUCAUUCUCCGCCCCGCGCACCUUCACCUUCACAAUUCCGCUCUCCUUUUUCAGUUUGGGCGACUCUUCGGUGAACAGUCGAUCGCUACCCUGGAGGAGAUCGAUCUGGGCGACCGCCGUGGCCUCAUCGCCAUGACCGACUACACCAAGAACCGCGCGCAGGACAUUGCCGGACCUGGGGCAUCUCAUCUGCGGGUAAGUCGAGAUCUCGUUCCGAGAGAAAUUAAUUGUUUUGAUUACUCAUUAAAUUUUCUCCGUUCCUUUAAUUACUUUACUCGAUCGCUCACCUUGAACGAAGAUCGUUUUUAGCCGUUUUACAUUAAUUCUGAGUGAAAAACGCUCAGCAUGACAUUGAAAUCUCGUUAACGGGGGAAUUGUGAUGAGAUAAUCAUGGGGUUUUCUGGAAUGGAUAAAAGACUCCAUCACAUUCGGGUAAAUUUUUGUAUGCGGACCAGAACAAGCCUAAAUUUACAUUUUGUAACAUUGGUCUUAAAUCUGUUCUCCUUUGUCUUCGUUCAAAAAAAGAUCAUUUCCUCUACCGUUAUUCCCGAUAAAUGUUUUAAUUUCCCUUUAGAGUAAAUAAUUACUUUUUCCCAUUUCCGGGAGUCACUUAAUGCUAUCCCUCAAAUUACCGUAACCACUUACUUUUGACACUUUAGCCGGCUUCAGCGUCUCCUGAAUCCGCUCCAAAUCGCCUCGGAAACGGAAGAGAAAAGGGAGGGGGAAGAGUGCAAAAGUUGCGAUAAUUGGAGUUAUUUGAGGGAUCCAGGUCGCUGCAAAUGUGGGGUGUUAAAUUAAAGUAGACAGAGAGGACAAUUAAGCCUUCUUAAGCGACUGUUACGUUUCUUGAAGAUGAUGUCAUUGUUAUUUUAAGUCAUCAUUUUUUCAGCUUCUAUUUUCUGUCUUUGGAUGAAUUUAUUAUAUUAUCUAUGGUCCAAAACUCCUGUUUUUGCAGUUAUUUCUGUCCCAGACUUUAUUCCAAUUGUCAAUUCAACCCCAAACUUCCUGAUGUCAUAAUUUGUGUCCCCAUCUUCCUCACGUUUUCCUCCCUUUCUUAGCUUACACGGCUCAAUGAUACUUUGUUUACUUUUUUACACCAUUUUGGUAAUCAAAACUUCCCUUGGAAUGGAUCAAAACAAGUCUGACCGAGAUUACAAUUACAUCGAAUGGACAUUUUAUGAUUAAUGAGCGGGAAUUGGUUGAUUGGGGUUAAAACAAUUAGAAAAAGUGGCGACGGAAAUGGUCAGAGAGGCGAGAAAAUGAAAAUGAGGUAUUGCGAGAGGCGGGCAGUAAGUCAGUAAUCUUCACCGGGCCCUUAGGGCGACCGCGCGCGCGAGACUGUCCGCUGUUCGGGAACGCUUAAGACGCCCUCUGUUUGUCAGUGGGCUUUGAAUAUUAUCCGCUUGGCUCGAAACCCCGGCUGGCCGCUUCAACAGUUAUCAGCUAACGACGUGAUUAAUAUUACUCAAAAUAUACAAUAUUCGAUCAAAUAUUGAUCACGUCAUCAAUCUACGCUGAGUAAUCGAAGCUGCCCUGAAGCCAACGGCCUUUUCCGUCGAUGAAUUCAGUCGAUGAUCCAGAUGAAACUACUUCCCAACGACCGACCUCUUUGGCCCUUCAAAUGGCCUUAAGGGAUUUCUGGGAAAAAUCAAGAGAUAUGAUCAGAACUCGCCCCAACUCGACCCAUCUCGACCUCCGCGAGAUGUCAUCCACACCCACCAGCUCCAACAGCUCGCUCAACGGAGAUCUCAACUUCCAAGCAGCCGACGAAUCCUCUGAACUACGAGACUACCGAAAUGCCUUGGCCAUCCAAUUGGGAUGCACUCUGGCCAGAAAAAAGAAAGUAAGAGCUCAUCCCUUAGGCCAACAGCCUAGUUGAAGGCGUUUAAGGUCAUGUGGGUAGGCAACGGGGGAUUGCUCUGCCUGCAAUUUGUACUUGAGUAAGCGCUUAUGGGCGAAAACAUUGCUAUCCCCGCUUGUUAGCCGGUGGGGCUGUACGAUUUUCGGAAGUGCGUCACAUCCGAAAAGAUCGUUAGCUGAUGACCUGAGGGUAUAAAACGAACGAACCUCGCUUGUUUUCUAGCAUUUUACAGUGUUGUAAAUUUAAAAGGUCUUGUCUACGUCAAAAAUUGUGUCACAUUUAUUGCGUAACAAUUGGAUUAAAUCUUCUGGCCUCUCCCUCCCCCACUUUCCGUUGUCCUUAUAUCGGAUAUCUUGGGGGAUUUGUAGCCAGAUCAAAUCCAAAUCUUGUUGUCUGUGGCGAGGGAGUUUGUGAUUAGAUUUUCAUAAUAAGAUUGCAGCCCUGCUUGAGGGGUGUUGUGGCCGUUCACUUGACUAGAGCUGGCUAAUCAAAGGCCUCAGAGUCGCGUUUCGAACCUUUUCCGAAGUUUGUGUGAGGCCAGUUUUAAAUGCGCGACCACACCUUUGCACCCUCGAGUUUGCUCAGCUCUUGGCCAGUGUGUCCUUGCAAAUGGGGUUGUUUGAGGUGGGGAGCGAGUUGACCGAACGAAAAACCCGACCCACCAAACGACUCGUUGCCUGCGGCAUGUUCUCAUUUUCGAGAGGCAAAGCAAGUACCGUCGAUGUGCGUGGUUGUGCCGAGAUGUCCUUGAACGGAGCCCCUGAGGGCGUUCGGCUGACUCGAUUCCCGUUUCCAAGUUAUUGAACACGGGUUUCGAUCUGUUUAGAUCAACAUUAGACUCCCUUUUGUGUGUUUGAUCUGGGGCAAAACUUUUUUUUGUGGUUUUGGCGUGAGGCUGGAGGGGGGAUGGAAGUUACAGUCAAACAAAAUAGUUUGAUUUCACUUCUGUUUGCAAGCAUUUAAUCCCAUUCGUGCUUUUUGUGGGCUUAGAUUUCAGUCAUAUUCAGUAAAUUUUACCUUGCGCGACAUUGAGAUCAAUCCAUACCAAUUGCUUCUUUAUGUAAUGUUUUUUUUACGGUAUUUCCUUCAGAUUUUAAUGUCAUGUAUGUAUAAUAUAAGCACAAGUCUAAAGCUUUAUAUUUCUUGACUUCCAGGAUCCCAACAUCCAAAACGGGACCCGGGGAAUGAGUGCCCGAGUUGAGGCGGGCGGGGGCGCCAGUCCCAUCAAGAAAGACGCCAAGCCCAAGGAUAAAGUCGAACUCAGCAAAUCCCAGCUGCUAGCAGGUCUGAUAUUGACGGUCGCUGCUGUUAUUCUUGCCAUUUUGAUCACCUACACAGUCACAAAGGAGAGCCUAAGCCGGACGGCGUCGUAUAAUCGGACGGGUUCCAGUAAAAAUUCACAUUACUCAGAUGAAUUCGAUAUGUAAGCAAAAUUUAGUAUUCACACUGCUCUUAUUUUUAUCUAUUUUUUUGGUUAGAAUUGUCAUCACAAUUGUUUCAGAGUUCAUUUCAAACCUCAUGAGGUUCCGGAUCUCCUUCCAGAAGAGACCUCCGAAGAUGCCGGACCAGAGCCAACAGCCGAAGAGUUGAGGCUAGUCCAGGACCUGAUUCCAGUCUGGUAUAACCUCAGUGUGAAGGUCUACGUCCCUGGGUUUGUUCCAAUCACACCAGAGAAGAAUCUGACAUUCGAUGGAGCCAUGAUCAUCAAGUUUAAGGUCAACAAUCCUACUAAUAGGAUCGAACUUAACUCGCAUGCUCUCAACUUUUUAACCAAAACUGAUUUGUAUCAACUGCAGAUUGAUCCAAAGGUAUUUUAUUUUAGUUUGAUUAUUUACGGAUGCGUUUUUUUUUUGAAUAUUGAAUUGAUUUUUUUAGCGAGCAAGAAGAGCAGCCACCAAUUCAACCGGCAGCGCUUUAAUCGUAUCUUCCAAUGGAACUCGUCAAGUUUCAAGUGAGGUAACUUCAGAAGAGCUGAGUUCAGAGAGUGAGGUAGGUAGCCAUCUUGCGGACUUAAUUGUAAAGUAAUUCGAAGUCUAAGACUAUAAUUUCAGACUCCAUCAGCUCAAGGCCGAGUUGAUUCGGGGAUCAAAGUAACAGCCAUCCGAGUCAACGAGACCCUGCAAAAAGUUGUCUUCGACUUGGACGCCCAAUUACAGCAGGGUCAGGAAUACUAUUUUCUGGUGAGUAAUUACAAACCAAUUACCUUUACUGUUUACCGAGCGCAUUUACUAUGUUUAGGGAUCGUAAAACAGUUGAUUUAUUUGUUUUUUGCAGCUACCCUAUUCCGGGCCUAUUGACUCCAAACUUUCCGGUUUAUAUUUGACGCAAUACACGGACCCCAAUGGACGACAAAGGUGAGCACAGUGAAUAAACAUACGAAAUCAACUACCAACCUUAUUUCUGAACAUUACGAAGCUUAUUAAACCACAGUUAAAAAUGCGAAACAUCAGUUUUACAUAUUGAUUUAGAUAUGCCGCUGUCACUCAAAUGGAGCCAACGGAUGCCAGAAGAUUCGCACCGUGCUUCGAUGAACCUGCCUUUAAGGCUGUCUGGAGAUUACGAGUUAUCCAUCCUGUUGGAUCGAGAGCUGUCAGCAAUGCUCUUGAGAUCAAGGAAGACGAGCCAACGUAAGUAAUGUCAUCAUAAUCAAUGAAUUACAACUUAAUUUCUAAAAUUGCCUCGAAUUUUAGUAAUGACCCCGAUUGGCUCUUGACCACGUUCGAAGAGACCUUGCCCAUGUCCUCGUAUCUCCUAGCCUUGGUUGUUUCUGAUUUCGAGUUCGUGGAAGGUCACACCAAGAACAAUGUCAGGGUAGGUUUUAAUCUCAAAAUGUUUUUCUGCCUUGUGCAAACUUAAUCCUUUUUUCCAUUCAUGAUUUUUUUCAGUUCCGUAUCUGGGCUCGCAAAGAAGCCUUGAAUGAGACCCAAUAUGCCCUCCAGGCAGGAAUCAAAUGUCUCGAAUUCUACGAGGAUUACUAUGGAAUCCCAUUCCCAUUGGCCAAGCAAGACAUGAUGGCCUUCCCAGACUUUGCGGCCGGGGCCAUGGAGAACUGGGGAUUGGUUACCUACAGGGAAAAAUAUUUACUUUACACUCCGUCACUCUACUCGGCUCUGCAGAAAGUCCAUGUUGCCACAGUCGUCGCUCAUGAACUUGCUCAUCAGGUUGGGCACUUUUUCUGAUUUAUUUAUCUGUUGCACCAAAUGGUACUGACAAUAGUUUUUAAUGAUGAUAUUUAGUGGUUCGGAAACCUGGUGACAAUGAAAUGGUGGUCGGAUCUCUGGCUUAACGAAGGCUUCGCUACUCUUAUGGAGUAUAUCGGAACUGCUGCCAUCAGUGAUAACAAACUCAAAAUGGAUGAAUAUUUUGUUAACGACGCCCUUUCAAGUGCCUUUGAUCGUGAUGCUCGUGCGACGUCUCAUCCUUUGUUCUUCGACAUCAGCAAGGCCGAAGACGUCAGUGAAGCAUUCGAUGCCAUCACUUACGAUAAAGGGGCGUCUGUUUUGAGGAUGCUGAGGAAUGUUAUGGGAGAGAAAUACUUCAAGAAGGGUGUUACGGUAAGCAGAGAAGUCUAUAAUACAAAAUAACCAUCUUGCAGAUCUACUUGAACCGAUUCAAAUUCAAGAAUGCGGAGCAUAAAGAUCUCUGGCAAGCCCUCUCGGAAGCCGUGCCUGAUUCACUGACUGAUUGGGCGGGUGACAAAUUCGAUGUUGAUGAUUUUGCCAAACUCUGGACUCGCCAAAUGGGAUAUCCAGUAAUCGAGGUGAAGAGGAUUGACGAAAACAAGGUUGAACUCACACAAAAACGCUUUAAAAUGGAUGAAAGCGCAUUGGAGAAGCCGAGAUUCAGGAACGCCAAAUAUUGGUACAAAUGGGACAUCCCCCUUUGGUACACGAUUAAUGGAACCGAGAAAGAAAUGCUCUGGCUUCACGAGAAUCAAGUUCUCGAAGUCCCCGAGGACACUCCUUUGAUUGUGAACUCAGAUUCUAAGGGAUUCUAUCGAGUACAGUACUCCAAGAACACUCUUGAAAGUAUCAAUCGACAGCUUUUAUCUGAACACACCAAGAUCGGAGUCAAAUCGCGAGCCCGUAUCAUCGACGACACCUUCACCUUGGCUCAAGCUGGCCGAGUUCCUUAUCAAGCAGCUUUGAACCUGACCAUCUAUCUACAGAAAGAGACCGAAUAUCUGCCUUGGUCUAUGGCCAUGGCCGGUCUGGAAUCCAUCGAAUAUUACUUCGGAGACGAACCCGAAGCAGACUAUGUUAGAGAUUACAUCAAAGGACUUAUCAAGGGGUUGUAUGACAAUAUUUCUUUUGAGAAUUUGAACACGACUUAUCUGGAUGAUGACAAGUUCUUUGAUACCUUGUUGGACACUUCCAUUAUCAACAGAAUGUGCAGAAAUAGAGAUCAGAACUGCGUGAAGAAACUGAUGGACAUGUACUUCAAUGACUUUGUCUAUCCAUGUCAGAAUGCUGAUACAAUGAGCAGUAAAUGCAGUAGAGUACCUGUUCCAUUAAGAGGUCUAGUCUAUUGUGAGGGGGUACGAUCAGGAUCAGAGACCGAUUGGGAUAAAAUGUUAUCUUUAUAUGAAAAAGAGAGUGUUCAAGUAGAAAGAGAACGACUGAUGAUCGCUUUGACAUGCUCUAGAGACACCCACAUACUCAAAAAGUAAGUUUGACGUCAAUACUACGUAUUACUAUUGUUAUUCAGACUUCUCCGAAUUACAACCAAUUUCAACAGUACUCUGAUCAGAAUGCAAGACAAGUCCACUGUCUUCGAUGGAGUCGCCUCAACAUCACCAUUAGGCCAACAAAUAGCCAUGGAUUACUUUAUGGAUCACUGGAGUCAGAUCUAUAGAGAGUAAGACAUCAAAGAGCCCACUUGCAUUACAUUACUUUAGUUUCAAAGACCAACCAUCACUACUGAAAAGUAUGGUCGAAGCAGCUCUUGGAGGCACAUCGAGUCGAGUCAUCGAACAAGUAAGAGGCUUUACUCAAUACAUAAUCAUAAUCAUGCUUUAUCCGACACAUACCCCGCUUUUCAGGUCACCAAAUUCAUGGCUCAGAACGAACGCAGCACCCGGAAUGUGGACGCGUUCAAACAGAGACUCGAGAUCCUCCAAACAAACAAGAAAUGGAUGGAUAAAAACUUCCAGCCAUUGAGUGUUUGGUUUCGGGAUCAGAAUUCGAAACAGGAACGCGCCAGUGCCUGA